UUCUUUUACACUGAUUGCUUUUACACCCAUAAAGGCUGUAAAUGCAAUCAUCAUUUCUCCUCUCUGGCUGCAUUCUUGCAGCCAUUGAGAAAUACUGUGCGAGCUUUGAUUUGUCACAUGAUACAAGGCUGUUGUGAAUAGCCUUGCACCAUGUGAUCUCUGUGAUCAUUCACAGAUUUCACACGUAGUAAGCAAUGAUGUCAGAAGCUCUGAUUACUACUAUUCAUGUGAUCACUGAUUGGCCAAUCAGUGGUCACAUGAUGGGGACCUCACACAGAGGUCCCGUACAGCGAUCGAUGUUC